GGCGGGCGGGCGGGCGGCGCGAGGCGGGUGGGCGGAGGCGGCCGGUCCCGGGACACCGACGCAGCGCGCUGGAGGCCGCCGCAGGGCUGGCCAGGCUCCGCAGCCUGUCGCAGUCGCCGCCUCGCCUCUGAGGUCCCGAGAGCGCGGCGGCGGGCGCGCGGCCUGUGAGGGCGGCCGGAACGGCGGGCGCGGUGCGGCGCCGAGCGUCCUGUCAGGCGACCGAGGGCGCCGCGGACCCGCGCCGCGAUGAUGCCGUUGUUUCCUGUAAUGCCCCUAAUCCUAUUGGGUUUCAUCUGUUUCCUGUGUGCUGUCAAGAAAGAAAAAAUAACACUACCUGUUGAUUGUGACAUGCUAUCCAUUAUGAUAUUAACCGUGUUUUUGAGCAACAAUGAACAGAUUUUAACAGAAGUUCCUAUAACACCAGAAACAACAUGUCGAGAUGUUGUAGAAUUUUGCAAGGAACCUGGAGAAGGCAGUUGCCAUUUAGCUGAAGUGUGGAGGGGAAAUGAGCGUCCCAUACCCUUCGAUCAUAUGAUGUAUGAACAUCUUCAGAAGUGGGGGACACGAAGGGAAGAAGUGAAAUUUUUCCUUCGACAUGAGGAUUCCCCCACUGAGAGCAGUGAACAAGGUGGCCAUCAGACCCAAGAGCACAGAACUCAGAGAAAUAUAAUAAAUGUACCUGGAGAGAAGCGCACUGAAAAUGGGGUUGGGAAUCCACGUGUUGAACUUACCCUUUCGGAGCUCCAAGAUAUGGCAGCUAGGCAACAGCAGCAAAUUGAAAAUCAGCAGCAAAUGCUGGUUGCCAAGGAACAACGUUUACACUUUCUAAAGCAACAGGAGCGCCGUCAGCAGCAGUCUAUUUCUGAAAAUGAAAAGCUUCAAAAGUUGAAAGAACGAGUUGAAGCCCAGGAAAACAAGCUGAAGAAAAUCCGUGCUAUGAGAGGACAAGUAGACUACAGCAAAAUUAUGAACGGCAAUCUGUCUGCUGAAAUAGAAAGGUUCAGUGCCAUGUUCCAGGAAAAGAAGCAGGAAGUACAGACUGCAAUUUUAAGAGUUGAUCAGCUCAGUCAGCAAUUAGAAGAUUUAAAGAAAGGAAAACUGAACGGGUUCCAGUCUUACAAUGGCAAGCUGACAGGACCGGCAGCAGUGGAGCUAAAAAGACUGUACCAAGAGCUACAGAUUCGUAACCAGCUUAACCAGGAACAGAAUUCAAAACUCCAGCAGCAGAAGGAACUCUUAAAUAAGCGCAACAUGGAGGUGGCCAUGAUGGACAAGCGAAUCAAUGAACUGCGUGAACGUCUUUAUGGGAAAAAAAUUCAGCUGAGCCGUGUGAAUGGCACGUCGUCACCGCAGUCGCCCCUGGGCAUGCCGGGCAGGGUUGCGGCAGUGGGGCCUUACAUCCAGGUGCCAGGAGGCAGCUCUUCUGUCCCGGGGGACCCCAUCAAGCCCCAGGUGCUUGCGAUCGGCUCGAGCACUGCCCAUGGAAGAUCCAAAUCUGAUGGCCAUGGUAAACCCAGAGAGACCAGCUCGUGGAUGGUGUCAGACCUCGAUGCCCCGCCUGACUGCGGCUCCUCACAGCCCUCUGCAAACCUGUGUGCAAAGCCCAAUGAUGGAAACUGGCCAACGUUAAAACAAAAUUCUAGCUCUUCAGCGAAACCAGCGCAGGUUGCCAGUGUGGACUGGAAGGACUCAAGUGUGGAAGGUCCCAUCAAGCCAGGGACCGUCUCAAGCCAGCCUGUGCCCUUGUCAGCUUUAGGCGCCACGGAGAAGCUGGGCAUUGAACUGGGUAAAGUGCCACCCCCCAUCCCUGGUGUUGGCAAGCAGCUGCCUCCAAGCUAUGGGACACACACAAGUACUGCACCCGUGGGCCUGGGGCCAACAGACUCCCUGGAGAGGAGGAAGGAGGGCAGCUUGCCCAGGCCUGGUGCAGGCCUGCCCACUCGGCCGAAGCCCGCCCCACUGCCCACUGUGGGUAGCACGCACCAGCCAGGUUCCUCGCAGCAGAUUCAGCAAAGGAUUUCCGUGCCACCAAGUCCCACAUACCCACCAGUGGGGCCGCCUGCAUUUCCAGCUGGAGACAGCAAACCUGAGCUUCCACUGACUGUGGCUAUUAGGCCCUUUCUGGCUGAUAAAGGAUCAAGGCCACAGUCCCCCAGGAAAGGACCCCAGACAGUGAAUUCAAGUUCCAUAUAUUCCAUGUACCUCCAGCAAGCCACACCACCCAAGAAUUACCAGCCAGCGGUGCACAGCGCCUUAAAUAAGUCAGUCAAAGCAGUGUACGGGAAACCUGUGUUACCAUCUGGGUCAACGUCCCCGUCACCCUUACCGUUUCUUCAUGGGUCGCUGGCCACAAGUGUUUCACAGUCCCAGCCACCUUCAGAAAGUGCAGAGAAAGAGCCAGAGCAGGACAGCCAUGCCCCUCCCGGAGACGGCGGCACUGGCCACGUGGAAAGCCUGCCACGGCCACUCAGCCCCACCAAGCUCACGCCCAUCGUGCACUCCCCGUUGCGCUACCAGAGCGAUGCCGACCUGGAAGCCCUGCGCAGGAAGCUGGCCAACGCGCCCCGGCCCCUGAAGAAGCGCAGCUCCAUCACAGAGCCUGAGGGCCCCGGUGGGCCCAACAUCCAGAAGCUGCUGUACCAGCGCUUCAACACCCUGGCUGGGGGCAUAGAGGGCACCCCCUUCUACCAGCCCAGCCCCUCCCAGGACUUCAUGGGCACAAUUGCCGAUGUUGACAACGGCAAUACCAAUGCCAACGGGAACCUGGGAGAGGCCAGCCCCGCCCAGCCCACGGCCCUGCUCCCCGCUGAGCCCACUCCGUCCUCAGAUGCCAACGACAAUGAGCUCCCUUCCCCGCAACCACAGGGGCUCUUCUGUCCCCAGAGCGCGCGCCAGACGGCCGAACCUGCUGAGGACACGAACAACAAUGUGGCCCCGGCCCAGACCACAGAGCAGGUCCCCAGCCCUGGGGCCGAGGCUCCCUCCCUGGGGGAGGAGCAGGUCCCCUCGCCCACUCCUGCUGUGCCCCCUCCGGCAGCCUCCACGAGCAAACGGACCAACCUGAAGAAGCCUAACUCGGAGCGGACCGGGCACGGGCUGAGAGUCCGCUUCAACCCCCUGGCGCUGCUCCUAGAUGCUUCACUGGAAGGAGAGUUUGACCUGGUGCAAAGGAUCAUCUAUGAGGUGGAAGACCCCAGCAAGCCCAACGACGAAGGGAUCACCCCGCUGCACAAUGCCGUCUGCGCUGGCCACCACCACAUUGUGAAGUUCCUGCUGGACUUUGGGGUCAACGUGAAUGCCGCUGACAGCGAUGGCUGGACGCCGCUGCACUGCGCCGCCUCCUGCAACAGCGUUCACCUCUGCAAACAGCUGGUGGAGAGCGGCGCUGCCAUUUUUGCCUCGACCAUCAGCGACAUUGAAACUGCUGCAGACAAGUGUGAAGAAAUGGAGGAAGGCUACAUCCAGUGUUCCCAGUUUUUAUAUGGGGUGCAGGAGAAGCUGGGCGUGAUGAACAGAGGAGUCGUGUACGCCCUGUGGGGCUACGAGGCCCAGAACAGCGACGAGCUGUCCUUCCACGAAGGGGACGCCAUCACCGUCCUGAGACGCAAGGACGAGAGCGAGACUGAGUGGUGGUGGGCCCGCCUUGGGGACCGGGAGGGCUACGUGCCCAAAAACCUGCUGGGGUUGUACCCACGGAUCAAACCCCGACAGCGAACAUUAGCCUGAGCUUUCCCCCUGGAGCACCGCACGGGCCCGCCAGCUGUGAGGAGCUGCUGCAGAGAUGAUUCUGCUGUUUCCCCAGGAAAGCUGAAGCUGGAAUGGUUUCAUGGUGCUCACUUUAGCAGCCAGCAUCCACAAUGUGAAAUUCCUGCAGUUUUUAGGUGAGGCCCUUUCUCCAGUUUGCCCAGACCUGGGAGAGGUACUUUCACCUCCAAGAAGAUGGAAUUUUGCCAAUUACUGUAAAUCCAAAUAAAUACCCAGCUUUUUAAACAACU